AUGGGCUGGAGGAACAAGCCUGUGGAGCUGCAGGAGCUGCAGAAGGGGGAACACAGGCAGGAUCAAAGACAGGGAGGUGGAAAGUCGCUGGCUGAACUUGCAGCCCUCCCCAGGUGCUGUCAAACAUCCAGGACCAGCCAGAUCGCUGCGGCCUCGCGGGCUGUCUGGUUGGUGAGGUCGGGGCCGCGCGCGGCAAUGCUGCGGCUGCUGGCGUCCGGCUGCGCCCGGGGGCCGGGGCCCGGCGACGAUUCUUCCUUCGGCAGAUUCGGACCUCGCCGCAUCCGGGAAGAAUCAGUGAUGCUUCGGACAGUCAAUCCUAGCACGGGGGCCCUCCCCUUCCAGUCCCUCAUGGUUGCAGACCUAGGCGAUGUGAAUGUCAAUCUUUACAACCUUCAGGACAGCUGCCGGCGAAUUCAAGAGGCCUAUGAGAAAAUUGUAGCAGCUGGCUGUAUUCCUCUGACCUUGGGUGGAGAUCACACAAUCACAUAUCCCAUAUUGCAAGCGGUGGCAAAAAAGCAUGGCCCAGUGGGGCUGCUGCAUGUGGACGCGCACACGGACACGGCCGACGAGGCCCUAGGAGAGAAGCUCUACCACGGGGCGCCCUUCCGCCGGUGUGUGGAUGAGGGUCUCCUGGACUGUAAGCGGGUGGCGCAGAUUGGCAUCCGGGGCUAUUCCACAACGUUGGAUCCCUACAGAUACAACCGGAGCCAGGGCUUCCGGGUCGUUCUGGCUGAAGACUGCUGGAUGAAGUCGCUGGUUCCUCUGAUGGCGGAAGUCAGGCAGCAGAUGGGAGGCAAACCCAUUUAUAUCAGCUUUGAUAUUGACGCUCUGGAUCCUGCCUAUGCCCCAGGGACAGGGACACCUGAAAUUGCUGGUCUCACUCCUGGGCAGGCUCUGGAGAUCAUCCGGGGCUGUCAAGGCCUGAACGUGGUGGGCUGUGAUCUCGUCGAAGUUUCACCACCGUAUGAUCUUUCUGGGAACACAGCCCUGCUGGCGGCUAACCUGCUGUUUGAGAUGCUGUGUGCUCUCCCCAAAGUGACAACUGUCUGAGUCUUGUGCUCUUCAAGACAAAACAGAUUGCGUCGCUGACAAGUUCUCAAGAAGAACUUAUGAGUAAGCAGUCUGAGAACUAAAGAGUUGAUGCCAAGAAAACUUUCUGCUGAAAGUGUCAUUGCUGGCUGUGAAAUCGGGAUAUUCAGUAGAACUCUCACCCAAACAGCAAUAUUUCUAAGGAACUUGGAUUAAUUGGAAAAAGGCAAAAGAGUACUUGUACUGUUUUUUUUCCCUUUGAUGAAAGAUGGAGGAUAAAGGGGAAGUGUGGAGAAUUUCUUUUAAGAUUAUCUAAACAUUAGAAACAUGAAAUUAAAAAAAACUAUGAAAUAA